AUGACAUUGGGCUACUUUUGUGUUGGUGGACUGGAUCUGCUAGGAAAGCUCGAGACACAUAUCUCGCAGCAUCAACGCACUGCGUGGAUUGACUGGAUAUAUGCUCAGCAAAUCCAUCCAUCAGAACAUUUUGGCCCCGACUCGGGUGUCUGUGGAUUUCGAGGAUCUCCAUUCAUUGGGGCCAAGUACGACUGUGCUCAUGCAAUUCAUUCUGGAGAUAUAUCUCAUAUUACAAUGACAUAUACAGCGCUUGCUCUUCUUCUCACUCUAGAAGAUGAUCUAUCGCGUGUAGAUCGUGAAGCAAUUAUUGGGUCAUUAGCACGUUUACAAUGUGAAGAUGGGUGUUUUUCUCCCACUUUAGACAGCUAUGAAAAGGACAUGCGGUUUUUAUACUGUGCAUGUGCCAUUAGUUUUAUUCUCUCUGACUGGCGCGGAGUAAACAAAAUCAAAGCUCGAGAAUAUAUCAUGGCUUCGCGGGCUUUUGAUUACGGCUAUGGACAGGGACCUGGGCACGAAUCCCAUGGUGGUUCUACCUAUUGUGCGAUUGCAUCACUAUGGCUUAUGAAUGAUCUCGGCGACGAUGUGAUCAAUAAAGAAAAGACAAUAUUUUGGCUACUUUCUCGUCAAGAAACUGGAUUUCAGGGCCGUAUCAAUAAGGCGCCAGACACUUGUUACUCUUUUUGGGUUGGUGCAUGCCUAGAGAUGCUCGGCUCAUACCAACAAAUUGUAGACGUGAAUGCAUUGCACGAGUUCUUGAUUCUCACACAUAGUAAACAUGGCGGCUAUAGUAAAAUUCCAAAAAACUACCCAGACAUUUUACAUUCGUACAUGGGUUUUGCCGGUCUUGCUAUUUCUGGAAAGCCAGGACUAGGAAAGCUCGUUUCUGCCUUGGGGAUUUCACAGCGCUCAUUUGAUUUUUGGAAGAAUCUAGGUUUAAAGGCACGGUCUUGA